AUAGAUGAUUAAAAAGAAAUAGACAUAACCUAUUGAUUGAUCAGGGCUUUUAUAAGAAGUUAUCACUGAGUUAAAUAUUUUCAUUGCUUUUAAUUGUUUAGACUAGUUGAUUGAGCACAAUGGGUUGCGCUGUAAGUACAACUGCUGACAGAGAAGCUCUGGAAAGGAGCAAAAAAAUUGACAAAGACCUAAGGAUGGAAGGAGAAAAGGCUCAAAGGGAGGUCAAGCUACUACUGUUAGGGGCUGGUGAGAGUGGCAAGAGCACAAUAGUGAAACAGAUGAAGAUCAUCCAUGAAACUGGAUACUCACAAGACGAGUGUGAACAAUACAGACGAGUCGUCUACAGCAACACCAUUCAGAGCCUCAUGGCCAUCAUACGGGCUAUGGGGCAACUCAAGAUUGAGUUUGGUGAUCCCUCAAGAACUGACGAUGCACGGCAGUUCUUCACUAUGGCGAGUGCCACAGAGGAGGGGGAGAUGACGCUAGACUUGGCACACAUCAUGAACAGACUGUGGCACGACGCUGGUGUGCAGCAUUGUUUCCAACGGUCACGAGAGUACCAGCUGAACGACAGCGCCUCGUAUUACCUGAACGCCCUGGACCGCAUCUCGCGCAGCAACUACGUGCCUACGCAACAGGACGUCCUGCGCACCCGUGUCAAAACUACCGGCAUUGUUGAGACCAACUUCUCCUUCAGGAAGCUCAACUUCAAACUUUUUGAUGUUGGAGGGCAGCGGUCUGAGCGGAAAAAAUGGAUUCACUGCUUCGAGGGGGUCACGGCCAUCAUAUUUGUGGUGGCCAUGUCAGGCUACGAUCUUGUAUUAGCAGAGGAUGAAGAAAUGAACCGCAUGAUCGAGUCCAUGAAGCUUUUUGACUCGAUCUGCAACAACAAAUGGUUUGUGGACACUUCCAUCAUCCUCUUCCUCAACAAGAAAGAUCUCUUCGAGGAGAAGAUCUCUCGCUCUCCUCUCACCAUCUGCUUCCCUGAGUACCCUGGCAACAACAACUAUGUUGAGGCGUCGACUUACAUCAAAGACAAGUUCGAGCAUCUUAACAAGAGGAGAGGACUUAAAGACAUCUACACUCACUUCACCUGCGCCACUGACACUAACAACAUCCAGUUCGUAUUCGACGCUGUGACUGACGUGAUCAUGAAGAACAGCUUGAAGGACUGCGGCCUCUACUAACAACUUAUCAAUUCUCUUCGCCUUGACGUGGCCUUGCAUCUCUUCUGCCACGAGUCGGGAGUCUUAAACAUGUUGAUUUUGCUCAUGCUCUGAUUGGUUGUUCAUUCAUGAUUUGUCUCAUUUCAUGUAGAGAUGUGAUGUUGAAUUAAUAUUUUCUAAUUCGCGCUGUUUCACUAGGUUUCGUAAAAAUAGCUUGAAAAAGUUUCACUGCAGCAUAUUCUCCAAACUUAUUGUUUUUCUAUUUGAAAACUUGAUUCGGGACGUUUGGAAUGGUCAAUUUAAAGAAAGAAAUUGGAACCCUCAUCCUGUUUUAAUCUAGUGUCUCUGCUUCGCACCAUCACCUCGUUGUAGUACUCAGCCCUUAAUUGUCAUGAAGGCUUCAACUUCUCUGCAGAUUUAUAAGUAAUAAAUAACGACUGAAAGUUUGCUGUGGCAAUAUUUUCUAAGCUUCAUCUUACAGCGAUGGGUUGUGUAUAAAUAUUUACCUUUGAAAUUAGUUUAUUCGAGUUAGCAAGCCUACAGCCUAUUGAUGACCUAUUGUUCGUCUAUAAUUUGGCACCACAAUAGUAAUAAGGGCUUUCUUGAUUCGGCCACUCGUACGUUUCAUGUGUAUGACCUAUUGGCUUGAGAUGCAUUGGUUUGUUACCUCUUUGGUUGCCAAUUUCUAGUGCCAAAGUGACCUUUCAAUGUCCCUCGUGUUGUGCCAUUAGCACAAUAUUCCAUGUGCCUUUAUUCCUUCAAAAUAGUGCUAUAAGCUGGCCGAGUUGAGUGCAUCCACGGUGGGUUGCAAGCACAUAACAAAGCGCAAAUUCUAAUGAAGAACGACACAAUCUGUACGGUGCCUUGGAAGUUUAUUUAUAUACUCUUGGCCAUAUUACCUUGCAGGUCCCCAAGCCAUUUUUAGUAGUUUUUCUAGUACCACUUUGUAGUCGCUCUCAGUGUCUCAUCUGUGCUACUAUGUCCGCACAAAAACAAUUUUAUUCUUCAUAAAUAACUCCAGGAUAGAAAUUAAACUUACUUUAUCUUACGAGCACAUCAUUUCCUAAGUAAGCUUCACAUUUAAGCUUCGUUGGUCCGGAAGUAGGCACAAUAAAGCUCUGCUGGAUGCAGAGGAAAGGAAACUUUUUGCGUCGAUAUUACUUCAGCGAUGUCAAGAAUUAUUUUUUUUUUU